AUGGGGAGGCAUAGAUCUGCAGGCCACGGAGAAGUAGCAACCCUGGCAAGAUUAGAGAAGCAUCUUAACAGACAGGAAAUUACUGUAAAUAUUGGCGACUCAAAAAGAAAGUUUUUGCAAAAUUCCUCUCAAUUGACCCUAGAAUUACAAGAGGAGGUGAAUAAAAUAUCUGAAUCGAAUUUGACAUGGCGAGACCCACUUGCUAGUAAGGUAAUAAGCGAUGAGUCUGAUUUAGUUCAAAACCUGUCGAGUGGGGCAAAAAAAUCUUUUAUGAGACCAUCCAACAAGAUGCGGGUACAAACACCUUCUAUUAUUCACGAUAUGUGUGCUACCUUUGUGGAAAAUUUUCAUGAUGAUAUGGAAACUAUACCACAACAUCUUUUCCAUGAUAAUACUUGGAAGGAAAGUGACGAGACUUUGGCAAAUGUUACAAAAAAUAUUCUCGAUUCCUUAAGAGAUAUUUGGAAGAAUCUGGCCUAUAACGCAGAGUUUGUGAGUGCUCAAAAACUUGAUGCCUUCUUUCAAAAAUACCGAAUUGCAUUAGAAGUACAAGGGGCUCAGCAUCGGCUUCAUAGCACUAGCUGGUAUAAAGAUGUCAAAAAACUUGAGGAUGUUGUAAAUCGUGAUCGGAAAAAAAGAUGCAUGUGUCAAGAUAAUGGAAUUUUCUUGCUUGAGGUAUGGUAUGAUGAAAAACCGGAAAUAUAG